AUGCCGUCGACCGCCAGCAGCGCUCCAGACGGCCGCAAUAGCAGUUGCCGUAGUAGUUGCACUAGUACCAGUUAUCGCAGUAGUCGCAGUGCCCCGAGCCAACUGCAGCAGCAGCAGCAACGGCCCUAUCACUCCAUGGCGAAGCCGCGACACCACCUCAGCCAGUACGCCGACCCGCUCGUCAACGACUUUGGCCUUCUGACCAGCGACAUGGACGUCUGGGCCCGACCGCAGCCGCCCUUUACACCGCACCAACGGCAUCCGCUCGCGGGUCCGCCCGCACCGCUCACGCGCCACGCGUCAAUGCCCGCGCGUCAACUCACGGCGGCCCUCUUCCAGCCCCAGCAGCCCCAGCAGCAGCAGAACUACCCGUCCCAGCAGUCGCAGCCGCCGCCGAUGCUCGCGCGACACCACAGCCACAGCUUUGUGUCGUCGCUGCAGGCGCAUCCGCAGAGCUUUCCACCGCUCGUGAACGGGUCACUGCCGCCGCCGUCGCCGCCGCGUGCCGUGCAGGCGCACGAGAUGCAGUACCUCUUGGAGAUCAGUAUGGACCAACAGCAGCCGCUGCAGUACCUCGUGCCCUCUCCGUCCCCACGACAGGUACCACAACAGACCACGCAGUUCAUGCACCGGUCGAUCAAAGCAGAGCCAUUGCCGGCGUCGCCGUCGCUCAGCGUCGAACCCAUUGCCUUCUCCAGUGCCGACCGCGGCCUCAAGAUGGCCAUUGACGACUUUGACCCGCUCGCCUACGCCGUCUUUAGCAGCGCUUCAGCAUCGGCGCUCAAGUCGGCAGUGCCCUCGGACGGUCCCCACGCGAUCGAGUCGGCCUUCGACUCGCUCGACCGCCUCCUGCCCGACACGGAGCCGGAGCUGUUGUUCCGCGUUUUGCCGACGAGCGCUCGGACGUCCAAGGGCAGCAACAGCAACAGCAGUAGCAGUAGCAGUUCCUCCGCCGCCACGUGUAAAGUGACGGACUGCGACCGCCGCGUGCGGUCCAAAGGCUUCUGCAAGACGCACGGCGGCGGCCGCAAGUGCAGCAUCGACGGCUGCCGCAAGUCGAGUCAGAACGGCGACUUUUGCAUCGGCCACGGCGGCGGCAAGAAGUGCAAAGAAGAGGGCUGUGCCAAGGCCGCGCAGUCGCACGGGCUGUGCAAAGCCCACGGCGGCGGCGCGCGCUGCAAGUACCCGAGUUGCAACAAGAGCUCACAGGGCGGGGGCCUCUGUCGCGCCCACGGCGGCGGCAAGCGCUGUCAAGCCGCUGGGUGUCCGAAAGGCGCGCAACGCGGCAACUUUUGCGCCACGCACGGCGGCUUUCGCAACUGCAAGAUCGAGGGCUGCGUGCGCACGGACCGCGGCGGCGGGUUCUGUGAGGUGCACCGGCGGGGCCGGUUGUGUAAGGUCGAGGGGUGCAAGAAGCUCUCGCGCAACCAGGGCAUGUGCACUAUGCACAUUCGCGAGGACAAGCAGGUGUUUAUUGAGCCACUGUAUGCGUGA